AUGGAUCUCCUUUUCGUUGAGAAGGCGCUGAUCGGCCUCUUCUCCGCCAUCGUCGCCGCGGCCUUGUUGUCGAAUCUACGUGGCAGGAAGCUGAAGCUCCCCCCAGGGCCUAUCUCAGUCCCCAUCUUCGGAAAUUGGCUCCAAGUCGGCGACGAUCUCAACCACCGCAACCUCUCCGAAUACGCCCGCCGCUUCGGCGACGUGUUCCUCCUCCGCAUGGGGCAGCGCAACCUGGCCGUGGCCUCGUCGCCCGCCCUGGCGAGGGAGGUGCUCCACGCGCAGGGCGUCGCGUUCGGGUCACGCCCCCGCAACGCAGUCUACGACAUCCUCACCGGGCGCGGCAUGGACAUGACCUUCUCCGUCUACGGCGACCACUGGCGGAAGAUGCGCCGCGUCAUGACGGCGCCCUUCUUCACCGCCAAGGUGGCGCAGCAGCACCGCGCGGGCUGGGAGGCCGAGGCCGCCGCGGUGGUGGACGAGGUCAGGGCGGCGGAGGGGGCGCCGGUUGUGAUCCGGAAGCGGCUGCAGAGGAUGAUGUACAACAAUGUUUACCGGAUUUUGUUUGAUCGGAGAUUUGAGAGCGACGAGGAUCCGUUGUUUGUGGAAUUGAAGAUGCUGAAUGGGGAGAGGAGUCGGUUGGCGCAGAGCUUCGAGUAUAACUAUGGCGAUUUUAUUCCGAUUUUGAGGCCGUUUCUCCGAGGCUACCUGAACAUCUGCCGCCGCGUCGCCGAGAGGAGGUCGCGCCUCUUCAAGGAUGAAUUCGUUGAAAUCCGAAAGAAGCUCGUGAGCACGGAGGAGGUGAGUGAGAAAUGCGGGAUUGAUCACAUACUUGAAGCCCAGCAGAAGGGAGAGCUGAACGAGGAUAAUGUCCUUUGCAUUGUUGAGAAUAUCAAUUCUGCUGGAAUUGAGACAACUCUAUGGGGGAUGGAGUGGUGCAUUGCUGAGCUAGUGAACCACCCGGAGAUCCAGGACAAGCUGCGCCUCGAGCUCGACACGGUCCUCGGGGCGGGAGUCCAGAUAACGGAGCCCGACAUAGCGAGGCUCUCGUACCUCCAGGCGGUGAUCAAGGAGAGCCUCCGUCUCUGGACGCCCGUACCGCUCCUCGUGCCCCACAUGAACCUCCAGCACGCGAAGCUCGGGGGCUUCGACAUCCCGGCAGAGAGCAAGGUCUUGGUCAACGCGUGGUGGCUCGCCAACAACCCGGACCACUGGAAAAAGCCAGAAGAGUUCAGGCCCGAGAGGUUCCUGGAGGAGGAAGCUGGAGUCGAAGUCAACGGCAACGACUACAGGUUCCUCCCCUUCGGGGUGGGGCGGAGGAGCUGCCCCGGGAUUCUUCUCGCCAUGCCUAUGCUCGGGAUCACCAUAGGCCGCCUCGUGCAGAAUUUCGAGCUUCUUGCUCCCCCGGGGCAGUCCAAAAUCGACACCGCGGAGAAGGCCGGGCAGUUCAGCCUCCACAUUCUGAAGCACUCCACCAUUAUCAUGAAGCCAAGAUCAUCCUUUUGA